CGAAAGAAAGAAGCGUUUCAGUCAUAAAACUCUUGUUCGACAGCUAGUAACAGCAGUUUCUCUAUCUACAACGUUCCAGCACCAUUAAGUAACGUUUUAAAGUGAUUUGAUUUGUUUAAAGUUGCUAGUUUUACUAAGAAAGAUAUUAGUUUUUAUUCAACUACAAUGUCGAAUACGUCUUCUCCAAGAAAAGUUUCCCGAAUGAUGAAUGCCGUAUCCUUGGAUGAAAACGCGUACAGUGUCAUGCAGACCAAAAUGCUGGCACAGAAAACUAGCAAACGAAUUUUAGGCGAAAUUCAAAACACAAGAUCGUCGAACCAAACAACAGCUACAAAAAAGAGUAAGGAAAAUAAAGACAAGAAAUUGGCUUUGGCAAAGAAUGAAGAACCACUGCUGAAGGAAAAUCCGCGGCGCUUCGUGAUUUUUCCCAUUCAGUAUCAUGAUAUCUGGCAAAUGUAUAAGAAGGCAGAGGCAUCAUUUUGGACUGUUGAAGAGGUUGACUUGAGCAAAGAUAUGGUUCACUGGGAAGCUUUGAAACCAAACGAAAGAAAAUUUAUUUCUCAUGUUCUUGCAUUCUUUGCUGCUUCAGAUGGAAUUGUGAAUGAAAACUUGGUUGAAAGAUUCGCACAGGAAGUUCAAAUAACAGAGGCAAGAUUUUUCUAUGGAUUUCAGAUUGCUAUUGAGAAUAUACAUUCUGAGAUGUAUUCACUACUAAUCAACACAUAUAUUAGAGAUACUCAUGAAAGAGAGUUUCUCUUCAAUGCGAUUGAGACUUUGCCCUGUGUCCGAAAGAAGGCAGAAUGGGCUCUAAAGUGGAUCUCGGAUUCUGAAUCUACCUAUGCUGAGCGAAUUAUUGCUUUUGCCUCUGUUGAAGGCAUCUUUUUCAGCGGUUCCUUUGCCGCCAUCUUCUGGUUGAAAAAGCGAGGUCUGAUGCCCGGACUCACUUUUUCAAAUGAACUGAUUAGCAGAGAUGAGGGUCUUCACUGUGAUUUUGCAUGUUUAAUGUUCAAACACCUCCUACACAAACCAAGCGAAGCGAGGGUUGUAGAAAUUGUUAAAGAUGCCGUUACCAUUGAACAGGAGUUCUUAACUGAUGCAUUGCCUGUAGCAUUGAUUGGGAUGAACAACAAACUAAUGAAACAAUACAUUGAGUUUGUGGCUGAUCGUUUGUUGGUAGAGCUUGGAUGUUCAAAGGUAUUUAAGGUUGAGAACCCAUUUGACUUCAUGGAGUUAAUAUCGCUUGAGGGAAAGACCAACUUCUUUGAGAAGAGGGUUGGGGAAUAUCAAAAAGCUGGAGUAAUGGCCAAGGCUGAAGAUAUGAAGUUUACAUUAGAUGCAGAUUUUUAAUGCCCCUAAUACUACGCAUAUUUUACCUGUGAAACAGGAUAAAUAGUGUUUUUAUUUCCUUUAUAGUUUUAUUCCUGCCCAGAAUUAAUAGCAUCAGUUUCUAUUGUGUGCAAGAUUUUAACCGCUUUUUGAUUGCACAGUGCGCUUUUGUUUUGAGCUUGCAUUGCGACUUUUUAAUAAAUUCUCUUUUAGUUUA